AAGAAGCGUCAGAUCCUGUGAUCUUUCCACCGAAAAAACAGUGUGGCUCGAGGUAGAGUGGGACCCAAUGUUGCUCAACCCAAGGAGUGGACCUCACACUCUUCACCCAAAUACCAGCUGGGUUUCUUCAUAUUCUCUCCUCAUCAUUGAUUCCUUCUUUGAUGGCUGAGAUCCGUUUCUAUAACAGGACCUGUUGAUCUUCUUGUUUUGCUUUUGUGGAGAUAGAGACCUUAUAUGGAUUGCACAAGUAACAUAUAUCUAUCUGUGAGAUCUGCCCACUUUGCUUGAGUUUCACUGGGAUAAGUCGGGGAAUGAUAAGAAGAGAUGGGGAGGAAAGGAAACUGGUUUAGCUCUGUAAAGAAAGCUCUCAGCCCAGAUUCCAAGGAAUCAAAUAAGUCCAAGAAGAAAUGGUUUGGCAAGCAAAAACAUUCAAAUACUGAUUCAUCAUCAGUAGAAGCAAUAGCCGCUCCUGCUCCUCCUUCUCCUCCUGCUCCAACACUAUCUCCUCAUCAUACGUUCCCCCAUAUAGUAGAGAUAGCAUCAAGUGACUAUGCUGAUUUCACCAGUGCUACUGUUGUUGCUCCCCUGGCAGCAGCAGAGGUUGUUCAAGUCAAUGCAGUCCCUCGAUUUGCAGGCAAAUCAAGGGAAGAAGUGGCUGCUAUCAAGAUACAAACAGCAUUUCGAGGAUACCUGGCUAGAAGGGCAUUACGGGCACUAAGAGGGUUGGUCAGGCUCAGAUCAUUGAUGGAGGGGCCUGCUGUUAAACGACAAGCCACAAGUGCCCUCCGAUGCAUGCAGACUCUGUCUCGUGUGCAGUCUCAGAUUUGUUCAAGGAGAAUCAGAAUGUCAGAAGAGAACCAGGCUCUCCAGAAACAACUCCUACAGAAACAUGCAAAGGAGCUUGAGAAUUUGCGGAUGGGAGAGCAAUGGGAUGACAGCUUACAAUCAAAGGAACAAAUUGAAGCUAGCUUACUGAGCAAGUAUGAAGCAGCUAUGAGAAGAGAAAGAGCAAUGGCUUAUGCUUUCUCCCAUCAGAAAACAUUGAAGAAUUCCUCGAGACCUACAAACCUGAUGUUUAUGGAUCCAAGAAAUCCCACCUGGGGUUGGAGCUGGUUGGAAAGGUUCAUGGCAGCACGACCUUGGGAGAGCUGUAGCAUGUCAGAGAAAGAGCUCAAUAAUGACCACUCAUCCGUAAAGAGUGCAAGCCGCAGCGUGGUUGGAGGAGAAAUAUGCAAAUCUUAUGCUCGCUACCAACUCAACUCUGAGAUGCCUUCCCCCACGGCCAGUCAAAAACCAAGCCAAACUAUAAACUCUCUGUCCCUCGCAACUCCUUCAAGGCCAGCUGCUCCCUCCGUUGCUCGAAAAUUGAAGCCACCAAGCCCACGGGGCGGUGCUUGUGCUCCAGAGGACGACUCUAAAAGCAUGUCCAGUGUACAGUCAAAUCAAUAUAGGAGGCACAGCAUUGCAGCUUCAUCAGUGCGCGAUGAUGAGAGUUUGGAAAGCUCUCCUUCAGUCCCAAGUUACAUGGUACCCACACAGUCUGCAAAAGCCAAGUCCAGAUUGCAAAGCCCCUUAGGGGCAGAGAAGAAUGGGAUACCAGGAAAAGAAAAUGAAUCAUUGGGGUCUGCAAAGAAACGUCUUUCUUAUCCACCCUCACCGGCAAAGCCCAGGCGGCUUUCUGCUCCCUCGAAGAUGGAAAGUCUCUCAAAUAACGGCAAUUGAAUAUAUGAUUCAAGUGGAAUGAAUGUAAGCCUUUGGAUAUUUCCAGAAGAACCAAGCAUUCUGCCACUUAAAAUUCUGAAUCUUCGUCUGGUUUGAAUGCUCGGAAAGUGCUGGUUGGGUUGAGAUUGGUGCCCUGAGCAGUUGAGCUUGUCCUAGCAGCAUUGCUUACGCUGUCUUCUUAGUCAUUCUCAUUUAUAUGAUCUCUUAUGUUUCUUUCCUUUUGUUUUGGAGAAAAUAAUCUUCACUUUACCUUAAUUUUUUGAUUCGUUUGGUACAUUUGUAGCAAUGUUGAUUUAUUAUAUGGUGUUUAAUUGGUACUAUGUAAUUUCCUCUCCUUGAUAAGAGAAUUUCUUGGUUGGAUGUUCA